AAUAAUAAAAUAUUGGUGUCAAGGCGCUUAUCCAACGUUGAAUGGUAUCCAAAUCAUAUGCAAACUCCCGGCGGAAAAUUGGAAUUAUUAAAAACUUUUUCCGGGAAUGAAGUCUGGGAAUCCCCAGAAGUUUGCGCUCUCCGAGAGCUUUAUGAAGAAACGGGCAUCUGUGGAGAAAUUAUUAAUAAAAUUGAUGCAUUUCCUCCAAAUAAUCCAGGACGAUUCGGUACUGUACAUGUUUAUUUAGUCAGAAUUGUCUCCUCUCCAACUCCAUUACAUUAUGAAUAUGAAAAAAAUACACAUUGGAUAUUUCAAGAUAUAGAUUCUCUUAAAAAAGAAAAUAAUAUUUCCCCCGCAUUGAAAAAAUAUUUACAAAAAUAUUGGUCUGAUGAAAAAUAA